CUGUUGCAACCAGAAUCACCACUCUCUCUCUCUACAUAAAAUACUUAGAAAGAAAUGUAUGUAUGAUUCUCUGUUUUGAUUAUCAUUUUUGUUUGAUGUUUGAUCUUAUAUUGUAUGAUAAGAUCUAUAUCUCAUUCGCCAGAAAGUGAUUCAGGUACCAGAAUUUCUCCUACGGGUAAUAAUAAUAAUCUAUCCUCAUGUUUGUUUGUACAGUUAUUUUGGAUGUUUGAAUCCGCAUUUUCCGAUUAUUACCCACUCUGAUUUCUGGGUACAGGUCUGUCUCAUCGUUUUUCGAUCAUCAUGAUGAUGUCAAGUCCGAUCCCGAAUCCAUCGAUGAUGAUGAUGACACGGAGAAAGAAGAAGAAAGCCAAAAUCGUCAGAGAUCAGAUUCAGGAUUCUAAUAAUAUCACGAAUCUUCAAUGGAAAUCCGAGGCACAUCAACAAGUCUACUCCUCCAAACUACUUCAGGCUCUCCGUCAAGUUCGGCUAACCUCAUACCCACCUCCUCGCCGUGGAAAAGUCAUGCGAGAGGCCGCCGACCGAGUUUUGGCCGCCACUGCAAAGGGAAGAACCAGAUGGAGCCGCGCGAUUCUCAAGAACCGUGUAACCCUCAAGUUCAUGAAGAACAGGAGACAGAGGGUUGCUAUGGCAACAUUGGCUGUUAGAAACAGACCACCCAAGAAACCCAGAUUGAGUAUUUUGAGGUUGAAAUCAAAGAAGUUGCCGGCGGUUCAGAGGAAAGUAAGGAUUCUGGGAAAGUUGGUCCCCGGUUGCCGUAAAGAGACACUUCCGGUGAUUCUAGAAGAAACAAUUGAUUAUAUAUCUGCUCUGCAGAUGCAGAUCAGAGUCAUGAGUGGUCUUGACAAGCUUCUUUCAGCUACCAUUCCCUUCCCCAACUGAUCGAUUUCUCCAGUCUCUUUAUUAUGUAAAUUGUUUUUCUUUUAUGUAAUAU